GUGGUCCUGCCGGCGUGGCUGUGCCCAGCCAAGAUCUCCCCACUCAUCGAGAGAGUCUCUGACCACAAGGACUUGAAGAAACUCCUCAGGACCCGGAAUAAUGUGCUGGUGCUGUACUCCAGAUCAGAGGCAGCAGCUGAAAAUCAUCUCAGGGUAUUAUCCACUGUGGCCCAGGCAGUCAAAGGACAAGGCACCAUCUGCUGGGUGGACUGUGGUGACGCAGAGAGUAGAAAACUGUGCAGGAAGAUGAAAAUUGACCUGGGGGCCGAGGACCAGAAGGUCGGGUUAUUCCAUUACCAGGAUGGCGCGUUUCACACUGAAUAUACCCGGGCGGUGACAUUUAAGUUCUUAGUGGCCUUUCUGAAGGACCCCAAAGGGCCCCCCCUGUGGGAGGAAGAUCCGGGAGCCAAAGAUGUAGUCCACAUUGACAGUGAAAAGGACUUCAGGCGGCUGCUGAAGAAGGAAGAGAAGCCUCUCCUGAUGAUGUUCUACGCCCCCUGGUGUAGUAUGUGCAAGAGGAUAAUGCCACACUUCCAGAAGGCCGCCACCGAGCUCCGAGGCCACUCGGUGCUGGCUGGGAUGAACGUGUACCCCCCGGAGUUUGAGAACAUCAAGGAGGAGUACAACGUACAGGGCUACCCCACCAUCUGCUACUUUGAGAAGGGGAGCUUUCUGUUCCAGUAUGACAACUACGGGGCCACCGCAGAGGACAUCGUGGAGUGGCUGAAGAAUCCGCAGCCACCACAGCCCCAGGUCCCCGAGGCUCCCUGGUCAGAGGAGGGCGGCUCCGUUUAUCACCUGACGGACGAAGACUUUGACCAGUUUGUGAAGGAACACUCCUCUGUCCUCAUCAUGUUCCACGCCCCAUGGUGUGGACACUGUAAGAAGAUGAAGCCCGAGUUUGAGAGCGCCGCGGAAGUCCUCCAUGGAGAAGCAGACGGCCCUGGUGUCCUUGCAGCCGUGGACGCCACCGCCAACAAGGCCCUGGCAGAGAGGUUCCACAUCUCCGAGUUCCCCACCCUCAAGUUCUUCAAGGACGGGGAGAAACAUGCGGUGCCCUCGCUGAGGACGAAGAAGAUGUUUGUGGACUGGAUGCACAACCCCGAGGCUCCCCCACCCCCGGAGCCCACGUGGGAAGAGCAGCACACCAGCGUGCUGCACCUGCUGGGGGACAACUUCCGGGAGACGCUGAAGAAGAAGAAGCACACUUUGGUCAUGUUCUACGCCCCUUGGUGCCCACACUGUAAGAAGGUCAUUCCGCACUUUACUGCCACCGCUGAUGUCUUCAAAGACGACCGGAAGAUUGCCUGUGCUGCCGUUGACUGCGUCAGAGACAAGAACCAGGGCCUGUGUGAGCAGGAAGCCGUCAAGGCCUACCCCACGUUCCACUACUACCACUACGGCAAGCUCGUGGAGCAGUACGGCAGCGAGCGGACGGAAUUGGGAUUUACCAAUUUCAUUCGAACCCUCCGAGAGGGAGACCAGGAGCGGCUGGGGAAGAAGAAGGAGGAGCUAUGACUCGGAGGCAGCUUUUCCGUUACACUGUGAAUGAGGACCUGCUUUCGCUGUCUCUGAUUUUACACAUGUGCUGGAGACCGCGCUUUUUUUAUAGCAGCUUAGGGCCAUUUUGUACAAUUUUGAAAUAAAAUGAAACCAAUUGUU